AUGUCGCUCUUGACUGUGCUCGGUGCCGGACGUGUUGAUCCGUUCAAUGCUAAUCAACAUAAUGCGCCAACAACUGCAGCCGGCAGCUUGCCGCUGUACGUGCAACACAUGGUGGAUCACACCAUCAAUGCUGCGGUCAACUCAUGGCUCCCGUCCGAUAAACAGACGGACCUUGUGAUGGCGCGUGCGAACUUGAUGAGUAGCUUGAACGAAGAGCCGCUCGCAUGGUAUUCGACGCUGAUGUCUAGCAUGACGCACCAUGCCUUCGCCUCGGGAACACAGACAAUGCCUCGCGACAGGGAGAUCAUCAGGCUGUCUUAUCGAUCAAAAACGCUCGAGCUGCUUCAAGAAGACAUUCGCACGCACGGCGGCCUCCCCUCCGAGGAAGGCGUGCUGGCCAUAAGCACGCUCAUCGUCCACGGAGGCGACAAAGACGCUGCGGAGAAGUUUACGUACGACGACUUCAAUGCCAAAAAGGCCUUCGGCAAGGCGAACGAUAUGCAUUACUACAGCGCGAUCCAUCUCGAUACGUCCCACUGGCCGUCGCUUGCCAACUUCGUACGCCUGAAAGGCGGCGCAGCCAACGUCAAGCUCUCAUUCAUGGGCGGCGUGUUUGCCAUUGUUGACAGCAGCCUCGCUUGGAGGACUUUGACGAAACCUCAGAUGACGCCGUUCAUCCCGACGGCUAUGUGGAUGGGAAUGACGUCGAUCAAGCCCGACUCCGUCGCUUUGCUGCAGGAGAAGGCUUACCUGAGUGGACUUCCCAUUGUACCACACACGGAUAACUACGCGAAGCUGUAUGAAUGCCUCGAGCACACACGGACGGUGAUUGUGAGGUACAAUCAGUAUCAGCGGAGGUAUACACAGCAGAACUUGAGGCCAGAUGUGAAGAAUCUGUACUUCGCGAGGAUACUGAUAAUGCAUGACGUGCUGAGUCUGCCGGGCUUGGAGAAGGGCGAUACCAGUGGAAGGGAGCUCCUGUUCGAUCUUCUGCGAUACAGCCUUCUAGCACUCAAUCAACUCGUCUUAUUCCCUCUGGCCAGGAACAACGACAUGCCGAAUCGACUAAUCACCGCUCUCUCUCCUCUUCUGCAGCGCGCGGCAGACCAGUCAAUUGCAAGGCCCUCGACUGAUGCGAGCGAGUUGUUCGACACAUCGGUGUUCCUCUGGAGCUGGAUGCUGACGGGUAUGCUGGCGCUUGAACAUCUCCAGACAAAAGGCUCUUCGGACUGGAUGGACGAACUGGCGCCGUAUGUCGAGCACGUUGCGAUCAAGGCAGAGAAGGCUGCGUGGGAAAUGGUAAAAGGUGUCAUGGAAAGGUUUUUGUGGCUGGAUAGCGAGUGUGAUAACGGAGGGCGAAAUUGGUGGGGAUAUGCUUGUCUGUGGUUGGCAGCGAGGAGUAACGGGAGAGGGAAGGUCAAGGGCGUGACUUGA